AAAAACAUGAGAUGUCAGAGAGAUCAUAGAGAGUCCUACUUAAUAAAGUCUCCUUAGCAUUUUUCAUAAAUGAAAAUAGGUUGAAUAAGUGAUUGCAAAAAUCAAUCAGUGAGGCUCAAAGGUUAUUUCCUUGUAUCUCAGUACGAAGAGAAAAUAGGUUGAUUAAUGAUUGGAAAAGUCAGUCAGUGAAUCUCAAAGGCUAUUUCCUUGCAUCUCAGUACGACCAACUUUUACUUUUGCAUGUAGGAUCUGAGCUUAAUCUUGACCGCAUGAAUCAUUAUGCUUGAUGGUUGUAGUUAAUUGAAGGGUUUUUUUUUUUUUUUACAAGCGAUAAUCCACUCUAAAUUCAUCUAAACUACGGGAAGAGAGAUUCAAACUUUGAUGCAAAGUGGUCUGCAUUAGUCCUCGGAUUUUGAUUGAAGUUGUUUGUGUCUCCGUUCAUGUAAGGUCGAUAAGCUUCAUAAACUUGGGACUUUGCAGAGCCAAACUUUGAAGCAUUUGAUCAUUCAUUUGAAAAUUCAGGCUCAACCACUUUGAUGGAUAGAAAUCGCGAAACAGUGCGGAUUAGUGAGCUCGAUGCUGCAGCAAAUAAGAUUCAUGGUAGGUGCAAUGACUUAGGCGUUGCAGCUCCGGAACAAAGCUCAGAGUCCUUAAAUAUUGAGAAGCAGGAAACUGCUGUGUCACGGUGCCAGCGGGCUCGGACAAGGGCUGCCAAGAUAGGGAAGGGUUUGAGCAAGGAUGACAGGGCUCAGAAACUAGCUCGGCAGCACUGGCUUGAAGCUAUUGAUCCACGUCAUCGGUAUGGACGCAAUUUGCACUGCUACUACGACCACUGGUUUGGGACCAGCAGCACCGAGCCUUUCUUCUACUGGUUGGAUGUUGGUGAUGGUAAAGACAUAGAUCUGAAGCAGUGCCCGAGGGAUCUUCUACGACGGGAGUGCAUCAUAUAUCUUGGACCAAAAGAGCGGGAGGCGUUUGAAGUGAUUGUGGAGGAUGGGAAACUAGUGCACAAGCAAACUGGGAUGCUUGUUAGCACAAGUGAAGGGUCAAAGUGGAUUUUUGUUUUCAGCCCAUCAAGAAGUUUAUACGUGGGGAAGAAAAAGAAGGGUAUUUUUAAGCACUCAAGUUUCCUAUCCGGAGGGGCUGUAACAGCAGCUGGAAGACUAGUUGCCCACAACGGGGUUCUUGAGGCUAUAUGGCCACACACUACUUACUAUCGCCUGUCUGAAGAUAGAAAAGAAUUCCUUAGCUUCUUGAGGGACCACCAAGUAGACCUAACCAAUGUCAAAUCAUCAGACCUCAUUAGCUACGGGGAUCAGCCGCACCAAUUAUACAACCGAACCAUUAUUGAAUCACCAAAGCUCACACCAGACAGCCAUGUUAUAUCAGGAGAGUGGACCUUUUUAAUCACCGGCCUCUGCCUAGAGAUUUUGUCGAUUUCUUUUGAUCAAGCUGCCUCCCCAAGUAAGCCCCAAUAUGCACUAUUUGGUAUGAUAUUGGCUAUUGCAGCUCUACUCAUUUGCAUCUGGGAGCUCGUUUACAAGGGUAAAAAGGAAGGAGUUGUAUUGCGGAGGUGGGGAAGGUACUUGUGGUGGUUUUAUUAUCCGCAUUCCACCCAGCUUUUUGGAACUCUUCCCGAUUUUUAUGGAUUAAUUGGUAGCACUGUGCAGUGUUUUUGCUCGACGAUUCAAUAUGUUUGGUUCUCUCAUCAUGCUGACAAUCCCAUCAAAGUUUCCCUUUGGCCUGCAAUAUUUCUUGUAUGCUUGGGUGCCAAAAGGUUAGCUGAGAAUCAAAAUGAGAGCAAUGGACGCAGAGAUUAGACAAGGACUAAUUGUGAUUGAGCGAGCAGAUUAAAAAGGUUCGUGAUGGUUGAACCUAUGACUCUACGAGUAAACAUGGGCAUUCAAGUUUUAACGCCAAUUCGUCUCAGUUAUGUGAUGGCUUGUAUGUUGAUUCUUAUGCGUGCUACUUUUAGUUUGUAGUAUAAUUAGUUUUGCUUCAAAUUUACGGCAAAAUGAUGAUAGCGGUCUGUAAUUAUACAAGCUUAUGUUGCAGCUUUUACCUUAUACAUAGAUUUGACGUGA